AUGUCAUCAACAGAACGAGAACUCGCAUUCAGUCACGAGGAAGUGAAACAUUGUAUGACGAAGAUCGUUGAGGCUGCGUUUGAGAAUCCCCAAAACAUAGCUCGACUGAAGGAGGCUAAGUCCCGUGCGGGAAGCGAUAUGGUGAAAAUAAUGCAGUUUGUAUUUCCCAUUGCCAUAAAAAUUCAACAAGAAACAAUGGAACAGUGUGGCUAUCAUUCUGAUUACGACUCGGCUAUCCGGUUCACACAAGUGCUGCAUCGCUAUGAGAAGACUGACGAAGAACUUGCAUCGUUGGCAGCUCGCUUCAAGACCAUCUUUAUGCCCCCUCUUUUUUCACAAGCUCAAAUGUCACCUGCCAACCAAGGACCAAUUGCUCCACAUGACAGUUACGACCCAACCGGAUCCGCUCAUUUUACACAGAUUUCAACGGCUUCUUCAACAGGCCAUGUUCCAUAA